GAGGUAAAGCCCAUGUUAGGUGCAACCGUGGAAACAGUGAAAACCCGACUGGAAAUAGCAAUCAAAUAACCGAGAUCGGAAGCUAUCAUCAAAUCAAACACCAGUCUUCCAAUUUCCAAACCUGUUUGUCAAAAAAAAUUUCCAAACCUGUUUUGGAUUUGGUUUUGGAUCGUCCUCUUCAUAUUGCAUACAUAUGUAUACAUCUAUAUCUAUAGAUACACUCCUGUAGAGAGAGAGAGAUUGAGAGAUUUCUGAAGAAGUUUAGAGAGAGAGAGAGAGAGAUGGAUUUUGAACUGAGAAGAGCGAGAGAGAAGCUAGAGAAAGAACAGAAGGAGAGGAAAGAGAAGGCGAAGCUAAAGCAACAACGAGAGAGGAAAGCCAGAGAGGAGGCUGCUCGGCAACGCGAGGCCAUUGAAGCCGCUCAGCGAUCUCGAAGGAUCGAUGCUGCCGAAGCUCAACUCAAGGCUGAUCAGCAAAUGGAGGAAAAUUUACUUGCUGGAAGGGGAAUUAUGUUUGAACAUGUUUUGGAAGCUGUGCCUUACGAGGGAAGUGGAGAUAAAAUUAAAUUACCGCCACCCUGCUUCACGGCAUUAUCUGAACAAGGUGCUUUUGACAAAGGACCCCUGCACUUCCGGUUAUUGGUAAUUGAUCAAGAGACUACUUCAGAUGUCAAGAAUGAUGAUGGACAAAAUCAUGGGACAACACAUGCUGGUGUCCUGGAAUUCACUGCAGAGGAAGGUUCAGUUGGGCUUCCACCCCAUAUAUGGAGUAACUUAUUCCCUUCUAGUGCUCCAAUGACUUCAUUGAUUGAAGUUCGUUAUGUUUGGCUUCCAAAAGGAACUUACGCCAAACUUAAACCAAAUGAAUUGGGCUUUUCAGACAUACCCAAUCACAAGGCUGUCCUUGAAACAUGCCUUCGCCAGCAUGCAACUCUUUCACAAGGUGAUGUGCUUGAAGUCAACCAUGGCACACUGACCUACCAUUUACAUGUUCUUGAAUUAAAGCCAUCUUCGAGUGUAUCUGUCCUAGAGACAGAUAUUGAGGUCGAUAUUGUGGGUCCGGAUUCUGCCUCAGACAGAACAAAUCAACAUGUCCUUAAACCUCUCACAUUUGGGACAUCAGAAUCUGGAAUUGUUGAUGAAGGGAACUAUAUGUAUUACAAGUUCUCAAUAGAUGAAGAAACUUGGGGGAGGAUUUCUUCUGGGGAUGCCAAAAUUGAGGUGAAGCUAGAAUCAGAUACACUUGAUGGAGAUACGGAUCUUUACAUUGCCAGGCAUCCUCUUUUAUUUCCAACCCGGCACCAGCAUGGAUGGUCUUCCCAUGACGUGGGUUCAAAGGCUUUGAUCCUUAGCUCCAAGGACCAGAGCUUGGGAACAGGUACUUACAGCAUUGGUGUAUAUGGUUUCAAGGGAACAACAAAGUACCGGAUAACAGUAACCAUGCAAGAUAACCAUGAGCGUAAGGUGGGUCAACAAGCUGUGUCUUCCUCAUCAUCCAUGGAGAUGGACACCGUAGAGUGUAGGAAUUGCAAGCGUUAUAUACCUACUAGGACUAUAACACUGCAUGAGGCAUAUUGUAGCAGACAUAAUGUCAUCUGUCAGCAUGCUGGUUGUGGGAUUGUUCUCAGGACUGAGGAGGCCAAAAAUCAUGUCCACUGUGACAAAUGUGGACAAGCUUUUCAACGAGGAGAGAUUGAGAAGCACAUGAAGGUUUUUCAUGAGCCACUUCACUGCCCCUGUGGAGUCGUACUUGAGAAGGAACAGAUGGUGCAACACCAGGCCUCAGAUUGCCCAUCACGCCUGAUUACAUGCAGGUUCUGUGGUGAUAUGGUUCAAGCUGGGACUUCUGCUGCAGAUGUACGUGACCGACUAAAAGGGCUUUCAGAGCAUGAGAGUGUUUGUGGGUCGAGAACUGCCCCAUGUGAUUCAUGUGGGCGAUCUGUCAUGCUUAAGGAGAUGGACAUUCACCAAAUUGCUGUUCAUCAAAAGAAUUAAUCUGGAAUUUGCUUUUCUGCUUUUGUGUUCCUGGAGCGGGUUUGUUAGCUUGUCUUCAAGGCUCUGGUUCAUGUAGAUUAUUGCCAAAGAUGUCAGUGCUGCUGCUAUGGCUUUUACAGGGGCGGGGGCACGGGCACGUAGAGCUCAAUCUGAUUGCAUUGUUGCAGUUGUGUUAUUUUAUGAAUUCUUAUUAGGGCAUGUGGAUCUACAAAAGCAAUAUAGUGAAUUACAAGUGGUUUUAGUUUUCUAUUGAUGUUGUGCAUGUUGUCCCAAAUCUGGUAAUCAAAUGAAUAGAUUUUCUUUUCUCAAUCGUAAAGCAAUUUUCUUGUCUAUUUUUGUUAUAAUGAACGUGAUGGCUUAUUUCUAGUUUGUU